AUGGUCAUUCCCUGAUUCAUCCUAGUUCUGGGGGUGGGGUAGGUGUACACUCACAGAAAAUAUGAACACCUUUUGAUGAGGAAAUGCAACAUUAUAAUGUUAUUUUUUAAUAUUCUGCACGUCUGAAUCUAGCAAAUAUGUUUGGAGCGAGUGACUGAAAGGGUAAAUAGUCAGCCCUGUUUAGCUGUCCUAUUAAUAGGCCUGGCUCAGACUCGCUGUAACCGAACUCCAUCUGUCAAGUCACGUCCUCUUCCUGCUCUCCCCUCCUGAUACAGUAUCACUGUAGCCAGGCUUAGGCCACUCCGCUGAGUGCCACCCCGCCAGCUAGACGCACAGUUGCCUCUCAGACCAUGGAGGCCCUGUACGUGCAGCCCUAUGAAGAGCCACGGGUGAUGUCUGAGAAUGAAGGAGAUGGGAAAAUAGGUAGUGAGCAAGACGACGAAGGAUGUGAGGCCUUGUCUCUGGCAAGUUCCACCACGGAGGAGGAGACGGAUGAGGACGCGGAACCAGAGCCCCCUCCGGUCCUCCGCAGGAAGGUUUCAUUUGCAGAUGCUUUCGGCCUGGACCUGGUUUCAGUUAAGGAGUUUGAUAAUGCAGAAGUGGCGGGGUCAGAGGUCAUCUGGUGCAAUGGAAGAAAGUUGACCCACACGUCUGAAGAGUUUUACCUUUCUUGCCUGUUUGUGGUCCCUGCAUCCCUGGAGGAGCUGGAGCAGCGGCUAAACACACAGAUGCUUGAGCUGGAGAGCAUUGAGCUUCUCCCAGGCACCACCACCCUCCGUGGAAACAUCAGGGUGCUCAACCUCUGCUAUAACAAAAGUGUCUACGCCCGGGUGACUCUGGAUUGCUGGAGGAGCUACUUUGACCUUCUGGCAGAGUACGUUCCUGGCUCCAGUGACAUGAAAACCGACAGGUUUACCUUCAGGUACACUUUGGUUCCCCCCUUUAAGAAAGGGUCCACAAGAUUAGAGUUUUGUCUCCGCUAUGAAACUCCAUUGGGCACUUUUUGGGCUAAUAACCAAGAGAUGAACUAUGUGCUGUUCUGCCACCAAAAGGGACUAACUAAAGAGCAUGUGGCCCAAGCAGAAGAGGGGGGCAGCAGCUACAGGAGCAAAAGGAGCUGUCUCAAGGCUAGGAAUGGAGAUGCAGAGGAAAACACCAAGGACACAGUUAGCACAAAUGUUGUUGCAGCAGAUGCGGAAGCAGCACAUAAAGCAGAAAAGUCUGGAGGGGAAAGGGUGGACACUGCAGGAAAACCAGUUCAUGUGGAAGAACAAAAACCUUGGGUGGAAAGUGUAAAAAGCCGCCGCAGAGCGACUCGUUUGGCUCGUGUGAACGACUACCUCCUCAAGACGAGGCCGCAACAGCCAAAGGCAUGUUCACAUGACUCGGCCCCGGGUCAAACGGUUUCCCAGCACACACCUGCUCCACGGGGUGACUCUAUCCACAAAUGUCAAAAUAUCCAAUCGAGUGAGAGUCCUCAGGUACUCACCUAUCAUCAAAUUCCUUUACUCACAUUGGACUGGAACAACCACCCGCCUGGGAGUUCUGGGACUGCUGAUGUAGAUGACAUCUUGACUGGGAGACCUAAAGUGACUUUGUCCAACCCGUCAAAAGAAAAAUCAGUUAAUGAUAUGUGGAAGAAAACUGAUGAAAACAGCAGCAAAGGAACCUCUGUGAGUGACGUAUGGCAGGUUUUUCUUAAUGGGCCCAGCUGCAAGGACCGCUCUGACGUUCCCGAGUCAGAAUGGCUCCAGACAGCAGCGUCGGUGUCUCCCUCGAAUGAUAAGGAGCCGCAAAUUCAAUAUUCAGCAGAAAGUCGAGAGUUUCGAGAUUUUCAGGCGAGGACAGAUACACCCACUGCCUCACACACCUUCGCUGCGUGUCAACCGCUGUCAGGCUCUUGUGAACCAUUGUCGGCCUUGAACAGUAAAGAUUAUCAGCCGGAGGAGGCAUGUGUCAGCAGCCCGGGAGACGACAACACAGCAACACAAGAUGCUUCCCAAAGGUCAGAGACAAACCCCGUAACAGACACUCCACUGGAAUCUACUCUCAAGAGGGCAGCGUCUCUGUCCGAUGACUCUGACAGUCCGGCUGAAUGUCACAAGCACGAGGUCUGGGAUCAGGAAAGUGAGGGAAUAAUAGCAUCAGGAAUAGGAGGAGAUGAGCCCUUCACGUUGCACACAGCUGACUUGGUAACAAGCUCGGGGGAGUCACAGACAACAGACAUGACAGCAAUGCAGGAGUCGCACAAUGCCAGCACUGUUGAUAGGAUCUCACAAGGAGCAAGGCAGGAUGAGGGGCUUUCUUCCAACUGGGAGCGAGAGGUUACCGGCACUGCACACAAUGCAGUGGAUGACAUGCUGGCAUUUAGGGAGACAGUCAGACAGGAGACAAAGGAUGGGGCGAGGUAUGUCUUUUCUGCAGCCAGACAAGGAGUGGAGGAGGCAAUCACGAUGAACUAUAUGGAAAGCAAAGUCUCUAAAGAAGUGGAAAUAUUUGGCCUGAAGGAAACCAUAAAAUGUGUAGAUGAAGUGCAGGGUAAGGAAUUUGGGUGCUACCAAAAUGGUGACCACCCCUGCCAAACAUAUGACCGAGUCAGUCUAACUAAAGGAGUUGAACACGGUCCAGAAAACAAAGCAGAAGAAAAAGAAGUUGUGGAAAAUAGUGAGGAAUUAGCACAGACAGAUCAAAAUGAUGACCUGAAGUCUGAAACAGGACAGCAAGUAUUAAAUCAGUCAAGAGAGGAAAAAGCAAUGGAGAUAAAAGAAAUAACCGCUUCAGCAAAAGUUACAUCCAUGGUGGAUGCAACAGAAUCAGAAAAUGGUUCACAAAUUAUCCAUGAAACACCAAUAGCCUGUCCAAUAGCCUGUCCGAUGGGUAAAUCCAACUCAAAGCACCUGGAAGUGGUUGAAUUGAGAUGGAAUCACUCCCAGCAAGAGCUGAAGAGUCGAAAGGAUGAAAUAAGUUGUGAAAUAAGUGCCGAAGAAGUUACAGCAAAGCAGAACGCUGCAAAGAGUGACACUUCAACAGAACGGCAACCUGAAGCAUCAGGAGGAACAGAGGAAGAUCUGAGUCGGGAACAUGAAAGCAUCAGUAUUGGAAAGCUUAAAAUAGAGGCAAUAAGGGAGAUGAUGGGUAAUGCAGAGAGCCCUCGGGGGGGAGGCGAGAACGCAUGGAAGGAACAAGAAUCGUCAGCAGAAGUUGAGAGCUCUCCAUGUGGCGAACACAAAAAACUGUCAAAUGGAGCAAAAGACCCCAUUACAGCAGGAAACAGUGCUGCACUUGAAGAGGCACGGCUGGAAAUGGAUUUCAUCGAAAGAUUUGGAGAAAAUCUGGCGACCAAGAUUUGGGAGGGGGUCUUUGUUCAAGAACCUUCCAGUACACUCAAAAAUACCGCUGAUGAAGUGAGGAUGAGGCUGACAGAUACUACGCAAAGCUGCCAUCUUCUCUUUGACGAAGAUACUUUUGACUCAGGAGUGUUUUCCUUUACAGAAUUACCCACAGAUCCAAACUGGAGUAUCAGUGAAGGCCUAGAGCCAACCAUAGCGAUAGAAAGCAACGAGUACCCUCCAAAACAGAGAAGUCAGUCCCUUAAUGUGGCAGAGCAAAAUAUCUCUGAAUUACACUCCGAUUUGGAUUCAAGUGCUCAUCAUAGCCCUGAUCUCUCAGGCGCUUUAGCUGCUCGGAACGUUGAGCCAUUGUUUGAAUCCGCCCAAGCUUUCUUCUCUCCAAAGGAUCAAGGGAACUGCUCCCAAAUCAAAGCCAGAUCAGUCACUCGCCUGGAAGCAGACGCCCAAAUGGAAGACUAUGUAUUUGCUCGUAAAGACAGUUUGGAUCGAUCGUCCCAACAACUGCACCCCUCCUCCGAGAAGUUAAAACAGUCCGACGCCCUUUUAUGGUGGACUGUAUUAUACACCAUCAGCCACAUAACCAGACUUCUAAUCUGCACCCUGUUGGUCGGGGGGUUCUUUGUCGUCGUCUUCGUCUAUGACUUCCCGGCAUUCUUUGCUCUCUACAUAUUUUCAGUGUGUUGGUGGGUUUAUACGUGGAAGAGACACCGGAUGACGGUGGCCAAUGGGAUGACAGGAUAAGCUUUUUUUCCCCAAAUUACCGUAGUAUUUUCAGAACAUCAGUCCAGCAAAUGAUCUGCAAUAUAUCCUGACUGUGUGUUCGUACGACCACAGUGUAUUGCCGGCAGUGUGUGUGUGUGUGUGUGGUG